ACAAAGACAAACUGAGUGAUCAACAGGCAGGAGACCCAGCAUUACAGAGAACGUCUAUGACAUGUACCGUUAAUGGAUACAGAACAAAAUCCAGCUCUGUUUUCUUGCAUGCAGCAGAGUUUCUCAACGCACUUUGUUCUACUUUGCAAAUUGCAGCUUUUUCUCUUCUUCUAAAGCAGUGUUCUGAGUUGGAAACACUCUAAUGAAAAUAAAGGGUGCCCAAUUGAAAUCCCUCCAAAUCUUCCUCCCAAUGCCAUUGAAUUAGAAAGCUCAGAAGCAGAGGUCCUCCCUCACAUCUCUGCCAGACGGAAUAAAUGCCGUGUAUCACCUACCCAGCCUGGAGCUUCUGGGAAGCUGCCUCAUCUCACUCAGGAGAGCAGAAUGUCGUGGUUUAGUGGCAUCUUGGUCCCCAAAGUGGAUGAACGUAAAACGGCAUGGGGGGAGCGCAAUGGGAAGAAAGGCAAGCGCAAAAACACAUCUUUGUGCGGCCCCCGUUACAUGAGCUGCCUUCAGGACCCUGAGAUGGAGCGCAACAGCCACAACAACUUAGGCCUCCGCUGUACAUGGCAAGAGGACCAUUACGGAAAGAAAGGGACAGGGGGUGACCUGGGACUAAAAUCUGUGGCGCUUGGCUUUGAGGACGUGGAAACCAAGGGCUCAAAAAUGGAUUCAACUGAAGCAGUUGGCCUGGAGGAGGGGGAACACCAUUUAACACCUAGAGAGUGUUGGGCAAGGUUUCUUCAAGUGUUCCAAUCCAAGAAGUUUCAAUCUGCCAAACUAGAGCGUUUGUACCAACGUUACUUCUUCCAGAUGAACCAGAGCAGUCUGACUAUGUUAAUGGGCGCCCUGGUGCUGGUGUGUCUUGUUAUGCUUAUUUUUCAUUGCACACAUGGUGAGCCCCAGGUACUUUAUGUUUCGGUACUUGCUGUUGCUAUGGCCCUCUUUCUGUCACUCAUGGUGGUUUGCAACCGUAAUGGCUUUCACCAAGACUAUAUGUGGAUUGUCAGUUAUCUAGUUAUUGCCGUCCUGUUUGCAGUGCAAAUUCUUGGGGUUUUUAUGGUCACCCCACGUAGUGCCUCUGAAGGGAUCUGGUGGAGUGUUUUCUUCAUCUACAUCAUUUAUACCUUGCUUCCUGUGCGUAUGAGGGCAGCCGUGUUGAGUGGGGUGGUCCUGUCCUCUCUGCAUCUUAUUAUAUCUUGGAGGCUUAACAUGAGUGAUGAAUUUCUCUGGAAACAGUUAAGCGCCAACGUGCUGAUCUUCCUUUGCACAAAUAUUAUUGGUAUUUGCACCCACUACCCUGCAGAGGUGUCUCAGAGACAGGCGUUCCAAGAAACACGAGGAUACAUCCAAGCUAGGCUGCACCUUCAGAGAGAGAAUCAGCAACAGGAGCGCCUCCUGCUGUCUGUGCUGCCACGUCAUGUUGCAAUGGAAAUGAAAGAAGAUAUAAACACCAAAAAAGAGGACAUGAUGUUCCACAAAAUCUACAUACAGAAGCAUGACAAUGUCAGUAUUCUGUUUGCUGACAUCGAGGGGUUCACCAGCUUGGCAUCACAGUGCACGGCACAGGAGCUAGUCAUGACUCUGAAUGAGCUCUUUGCGCGUUUCGACAAGCUGGCGGCGGAAAACCACUGCUUGCGCAUUAAAAUCCUUGGGGAUUGUUACUAUUGUGUCUCUGGAUUGCCUGAAGCUCGUGCCGAUCAUGCUCACUGCUGUGUGGAGAUGGGAGUUGAUAUGAUUGAAGCCAUCUCGUUAGUGAGAGAAGUAACAGGGGUAAAUGUGAACAUGCGAGUGGGAAUACAUAGUGGACGAGUUCACUGCGGUGUGCUAGGCCUGCGAAAGUGGCAAUUUGAUGUAUGGUCUAAUGAUGUGACUCUGGCCAAUCAUAUGGAAGCUGGUGGUAAGGCGGGGCGGAUACACAUCACAAGUGCUACAUUAAAUUAUCUGAAUGGAGAUUACGAGGUGGAACCUGGUCAUGGAGGAGAGAGAAACGCAUAUCUCAAGGAACAUGACAUCAGAACGUUCUUGGUGACGGGAUGCAGCCAGAAAAGGAAAGAAGAAAAAGCCAUGCUGGCUAAACUACAAAGGGCCAGAGCGAACUCAAAUGAAGGUCUUACACGAGUCUGGGUUCCUGAAAGAUCUUUUCCGCGCAACAAAGGCUCAAAAGCAUUUCGGCAAAUGGGUAUUGAUGAAUCAAGCAAAGACAACAGGAACACACAGGAAGCCCUAAAUCCAGAGGAUGAAGUUGAUGAGUUUCUAGCUAGAGCCAUAGAUGCACGAAGUAUUGACCAGUUGCGAAAAGAUCAUGUUAAAAAGUUCAUUCUUACUUUUCAAACCCCAGAUCUUGAGAAAAAGUAUUCUAAGAAAGUGGAUGAUCGCUUUGGAGGUUAUGUUGCCUGCACCUUGCUAGUCUUCUGUUUCAUUUGUUUUAUCCAAAUAGUCGUAUUUCCCCAUUCCUUCCUCAUGCUCGGAGUCUACACCUCUAUCUUCAUUAUUUUGGCCUUUAUCCUCUUUGUUUGUGCUGUGUAUUCCUGCAUAAAGCUAUUUCCGUCAUUCUUGCAACGAGUGUCCCGUAAGAUUGUACAGUCACGUACUAACAGCACCCUUAUUGGGAUCUUCACCAUCUUACUUGUGUUCACCUCAGCUUUUGUUAACAUGUUUGCAUGUAAUCACCAGAGUCUUGCUGAAUGUGCUGCUAAAGAACUGAACAUCAGUAAGGAUUCUGUCAGUGCCUGCCAUUUACAAAUUCUUAACUAUAACCUAAGCAUGGAAACUGCUCCCUGUGGAUCUGACCGACCAACUUGCAACUUCCCAGAGUACUUCAACUACAGCAUAUUGCUCAGCCUGCUGGCGUGCUCAGUGUUCCUACAGAUCAGCAGUAUUGGGAAGCUGGCACUAAUGCUUUCCAUCCAGAUUCUCUACAUUAUCAUCGUGGAAGCACCCGAAGUUGUCCUGUUUGACAAUUAUGACCUGCUGGUGACUGCUAAUGCAUUUUCCUUCAAUCACACACAAGAAGAAGAGCUAUGUCUUGUGGACAAUAAGAUACAUCUGAAGUAUGUAACUCCUGUCAUCUUGACUGUCUUCGUUUUGGCUCUGUAUCUCCAUGCUCAACAAGUGGAAUCCACUGCUCGUCUAGAUUUCUUAUGGAAACUACAGGCAACUGGAGAAAAGGAAGAUAUGGAAGAGCUGCAAGCCUACAAUAGGCGUCUUCUGCACAAUAUCCUUCCUAAAGAUGUUGCAGCUCAUUUCCUGGCCCGAGAACAUAGGAAUGAUGAACUCUACUAUCAGUCCUGUGAAUGCGUGGCUGUAAUGUUUGCAUCCAUCAGUAAUUUCUCUGAGUUUUACGUUGAGCUUGAGGCGAACAAUGAAGGAGUGGAGUGUCUACGCUUACUCAAUGAGAUUAUUGCUGACUUUGAUGAGAUCAUCAGUGAAGAAAAGUUCAAGCAGUUAGAGAAAAUCAAAACCAUCGGCAGCACUUACAUGGCGGCUUCAGGCCUAAAUGAUACAACUUACGACAAGGAGGGCAAAUCACACAUUACUGCCUUGGCAGACUACGCAAUGAAGCUGAUGGAGCAGAUGAAGUAUAUCAAUGAGCACUCCUUCAAUAACUUCCAGAUGAAGAUUGGACUUAACAUUGGCCCUGUGGUUGCUGGUGUUAUUGGAGCCCGUAAACCCCAAUAUGAUAUUUGGGGAAACACUGUGAAUGUAGCAAGUCGGAUGGACAGCACUGGAGUACCAGACCGCAUACAGGUUACAACAGAUCUGUACCAAGUGUUGGUAGCCAAAGGUUAUACGUUGGAGUUUCGAGGAGUUGUUAAAGUUAAAGGCAAAGGGGAAAUGACCACCUACUUCCUCAAUGAUGGUCCAGCCAGCAGUUAGCAGGAAUAUCUGCUUUAAGGGGAAGGAGGAAUUGGAAGCCUCAUAUUGACCCCAGAGUAUCCAGAACAAUAAGGAAGCUACCUACAUCAUCUGCAACAGUGCAGUUGCAAGGGGGGCUCAGUGGUGCCAAAGCCUUGCACCUGAGAUGGAGCGCUUGGCAGGGGAGUAAAUGUGUGGUGCUGUACUCAGUGUCCGUGCUGCCCUACCCUGGAGACUGUCUUACCUGUACAAUGAAAGCCCAGAGAAGCCGCUUUUCACCCUGGCACUUGAAAACGAAAUACUCACAGGCGGUACUUACAAAUUAUUUAUUGUAAACAAGACAUUAUUAUAUUUUCUUUUAUCUUUCUCUUUUUUUAAUAUUUUAUUGGAAUAAACACAGCAAAAGAAUCAUUUUUCAAUAGACUUAAAAGAUGAAGCUUCUCUAAAAACUGACCAAAGAGCCAGAAGUACGGGCCACAGCAGGGAGUGUGGGCAUCGCCUUGUACGUUAUUAUGCGCUGUAUGUUUUCUCUGGGGAGUGACAUGUCUCCAGCAGGAGGUGGGAACAAGAUAGUUCUCCAUUAUUACAAACAGGGACGUGAAAGGGCAACAAAAAUUCUGCAGAUCAAUUCUUUCCUUCCAUUCCACAUCCUGACCCUGAUCUCAUGGUCCACACUCACCUCCAGAUAAUGGAAACUGACAAACAGGAGCAGGGGAUAAUCCUACAUGGAUCUCUCAGGAGGUUCCACUUCAGUGCAUUGUUUCUUUCUGUUCUAACUAGGAAGUGUUUUCGAUAGACUCUCUGAGACCCCGAACAUCCAUGGAGAGUUGCAUGAGGAACCACAUCCUCAAAGCAGAUAUCAACAGUCUUUGCCUUUUUUUUAACCCAUUCCCUCUACUGCCUUUGAUUCUGUGGAAUUACAUAAGCGGAAGGGUGAGGAAAAUGAUGUGCUUGUGUGUCCACAUCUGACAAUGCACUUGUCUUUUUCACUGUGAAGCUGUUGUUAUCUUUUGUCUCAUUUGCCAAAAUUCAUUUCCAACCUGCAGAUUUAUAGAUUCUCGGGUUUGGAGACUAGGGAUACAUGCCUCAACCUUUUGAGGCAGUAAGACUGUGUUAGGUACUAGCUGGCCUAAGAAUUCCUCAGGCUGCAAGGAUAGCCAGCGCCUUAAUCUUUAUAUUGUACAAUUGGUUCCUUGUGCUUGUUCUGUAACCAUUCAAAUGGUUAAUCACAUGGUAGUCAUUAUAUAAAUGAUAUCCACUUAUGUUGAGCUUGCACAUUGAGAAGAGGCAACUGAACCUCUCCAAUGUCAGAAUAGUCUGAAGAAUAUCGUGAACCAAUAAGCUGCACAGAUUUCACUCAAAUGGUUACAGUAUAAACUAGUGAUGAGAAAAUACAACCUGAGAAACAUGGUUGAGCCUCAAAUAUAUUCCGAGGUGUUAUCUACAGUACCUUUGGUCUUUUCUGCCUCGUUUGCAACACUUAAAGCAGCAGUCAAGGGUUUUCUGAAAAUGUAGUCUCACAUGUAGUCAAGUCUUGAUCCCUAAAUAAAGGGCCUAACCCAGACACCUUUUAGCAAAAUAUUAAAGUGGAAUAUCACGGGGAGUGCAAUUCCAUGUCUGGUGCCAAAGAAGGAAAACAAAGUUACAAACAUACACUUGGGCUGCUUGUGUUGGCGCUAUCAUGUAUUUUUUUUUUACUGUUUCUCCUCAGAACUGUUCAACUAACACUAAGUAUUUUAGGGAAGAUGUUGUAGUAAACUGUUUAUAGUUGCGUUUAUUUGUCUUUAAUGAAAGGUAUCCUCUGGUUUCAUUAUAGCCACUGUUCCAGCACACAUCAGAGAUAUGCUAAAAACAAUGUGUGCAAGUUAUUUCAUUGUCUGAAGACUUGGGCACUGUGGCUGUUGCGGAACUACAAAUUUCAGCAUGCCUAUGCCAGUGGAACUAUAGCUUGUUGAUGCCUGUUGUAAAGUCUCGAUUCAAGCCUCUCAAGCUUUUUUUCAAACAUAACUAGGUGGUUAACUAACUUUAUUAAGUACUUUCUGAGUCUUUUAUUAGAUAUGUUACAUGAAAAUUCUUUAUAAUGAUCUGAAGGACUUCGCUGCAGCCGGCAUCUUUGUGGGAAAAAGAGUGAAGUGCCUUUUUCAUCUAGAAAACACAUUUAGUAUUAAUACAAAUCUCCCAGCUACUACUACUUUUGUUUUUGUACCAUAUCCCAUAAUGUGCCUAUGCAUUCUGCCUGUUAGUAAAUGUUCUUAUAAUGUUUCUACCAGUUCUUAUAAGCUGAAAUGCCCCACUUAGCACCACCUUAUGGGCCACCUAGUUAAAGGGGUUCUCCACUGCCGUCUUCCGGAGCUCCGCUGGCAGCGUCCGGAAGUUUAU